GCUGCAAUAAAUUCCCUGGGAGCAGCAGCUCCGAGCACUCUGCUGUCAGCUCUGCACACUGGGAUGCGUCCAGGGGUUGCAGGACAUCGCUGGCCCUGACAGUAGAGCCAGGGGACCAAGCCCCAGCAAUGCUCCCAGCAGCCAUCCCCACGUCCCAGAGCUGGCUGGCACGGGGCCGGGCAUCACGGAGGCUGGCACUGGUGGUGGUGUUCGUCGCACUGCUGCUGGACAACAUGCUGCUGACUGUUGUGGUGCCUAUCAUCCCCACCUUCCUUUAUACAAUAGAAUAUGAAGGUGCCAACAGCUCUGCUGCCCUGCAUCAACCCGAGUCACCUCCCUCAGCCAUCGAAGAUCCUCCUUUCUCCCCCAUGUCCUCCUAUUUUGACACCAGCACCACGAUGACCUUGGGCUCCCCCAGAACUAUGGAGCUGCAGACAGGGACCAGCGCCAGGCACCCACAGCAUCCCCCUAUGAGCUCCCCAUCACCCAAUGACUGCCCACAGGGUGAGGAAUUCCUCACGCAGGAGAACAUGCGUGUUGGGCUGCUCUUUGCCUCCAAGGCUCUCGUCCAGCUUCUGGUCAACCCCAGUGUGGGGCUGCUGACCAACAGGAUAGGAUACCACAUUCCCAUGUUCAUUGGUUUCGUCAUCAUGUUUCUCUCCACGCUCAUGUUUGCAUUUUCUGGCACCUACACGCUGCUGUUCAUCGCUCGUGCUCUGCAAGGCGUUGGUUCCUCCUUCUCAUCAGUUGCAGGCUUGGGCAUGCUGGCCAGCAUCUACACAGAUGACUUCGAGAGAGGCAACGCCAUGGGCAUCGCUCUUGGAGGGUUGGCCUUGGGUGUGCUGAUCGGGGCCCCAUUUGGCAGCGUGAUGUACGAGUUUGUGGGGAAAGCCUCCCCCUUCCUGGUCCUGGCAUUCUUAGCCCUGCUGGAUGGAGGUUUGCAGCUUUGCAUUCUGCAGCCCUCCAAGGUCUCCCCUGAGAGCACCAGAGGCACACCAGUGCUCACCCUGCUGCGGGACCCCUACGUGCUGGUGGCUGCAGGAGCCCUCUGCUUCUCCAACAUGGGGGUGGCCAUGCUCGAGCCCACCUUGCCCAUCUGGAUGAUGCAAACCAUGUGCUCCCCCAAAUGGCAGCUUGGGAUGGCAUUCCUUCCGGCCAGCAUAUCUUACCUCAUUGGCACCAAUCUCUUUGGGCUCCUGGCUAAUAAAAUAGGCCGGUGGCUAUGCUCCCUGAUUGGCAUGGCUGUGGUGGGGAUCAGUCUGCUCUGUGUGCCCCUGGCAAAAAAUAUUUAUGGGCUGAUUGGCCCAAAUGGUGGGCUUGGCUUCGCCAUAGGAAUGGUGGACUCCUCCAUGAUGCCUAUUAUGGGUUACCUCGUGGACCUUCGCCACACCUCUGUCUAUGGCAAUGUCUAUGCCAUUGCAGAUGUUGCCUUCUGCAUGGGCUUUGCAAUUGGUCCCUCAACAGGCGGUGCGAUUGUACGAGCUAUUGGGUUUCCCUGGCUGAUGGUCAUCAUUGGAGUUACCAACAUUGUUUAUGCUCCUCUCUGCUGGUUCUUGAGAAGCCCUCCUGCUAAAGAGGAGAAGAUAGCAAUUUUAAGCCAGGAAUGCCCCAUGCAAACCAAAAGCUCCACCGCUCAGAAGCCACUGCGGGAUUUCCCUCUCCCAGACAACAGUGAUGUGGAGGCAGAAAAUGUGGAAUAGCAGCAAGGCUGCAUGUCUUGCUUGAAGCUAUGUUAAGUUCACAGAGCAAUGUAUCUCUCAGCACCCAGGAAUAACCCAAGACCUGUAGGCACAGGACGGACAUGGGCUGAACGUUCAGCUGUUCUCCUGGCACUCAAUCUACAUCAGGGAAUGCACUUGGAGGCUUCCUGCCCAACUCUGCCACCCCUUUGCUGGGUGACAUCCAGGAAGAUCACUCAAAAUCCACCUCAGAUGUAAAAAACAUACAAUGUAGAGAAUAAUGCCGUGCUGUCCUGGGCUGCCAGCCCACACAACAGGGAUAAGACCAACACCUCUCCCACACGAGUUGCAUUCGUUAAUGUCUUUUAAGUGCUUAUUACUUUUGGAAGAAAAGCACCAGAGAAAACCAAAAUGAAGUCAGCAGCUUCAGGACAUCCCUUCCUCCAUAGUUCUGCUGUAAUCCCCAGCACAAAACCUUUCUGUAUCAGCAGGAUCCAAUAAAGACAGCUCUGUCCUGUUCAUGUGCUCCAUGCUCACUUGAAGGCAGUAAAAGUUCCUUGUUGUCUCGGUACA